AUGGCUUGGCAAGAUAUCGCAAGAGCGAAAAGGGAAGCGGUUGAUUCGGGGAUUCCAAGGAAAUGGAGGUUGGAAGAUAUCCCUAGUGUUGACGAGGUUAGAAGUGUCAUUGUGUAUAUUGAGGAGAAGCUUAAUGAGAAGGAGGUAGAAAUAACCAACAGCACUGUAGUUGAAUUGGCUGAAAAGAUCUCCCGGGGAGAACUUUCAGCAAUUGAAGUGACCAAGGCAUUCUGUCAUAGAGCUGCAUUGACUCACCAGCUUACAACUUGUUGUAGUGAGAUUUUUUUUGAAAGAGCUUAUAAGAAGGCUGAAGAACUAGAUGAGUACUUCAAAAAGAAUGGGAAGACUGUAGGACCACUUCAUGGGGUGCCCAUCUCCCUCAAGGACCAGGUGAACUUAGAAGGAAUUGAUUCAGCUCUUGGAUAUGUAUCCCUCGUAAAUAAACCUAAAACCAAAGAUGAAGUUUCCAACAUUGCCAAGAUCUUGGAAGAUGCUGGUGCAGUAUUUUAUGUCAAGACCACCACUCCUACUUCAAUGAUGGCUGCAAGCACGUCAUCAAAUAUUUAUGGCUAUACUCUUAAUUCUUUCAAUAGAAAUCUCUCUUGUGGCGGGUCCUCAGGAGGAGAAGGUGCAUUGGUUGGAGCUCGAGGCUCACCUCUUGGAUUUGGAACUGACAUUGGUGGCAGUAUCAGAAUCCCAAGUACAUUCCAAGGGUUAUACGGCUUACGAGGAAGCUCCAAUCGUAUUCCGUAUUGUAAAGUAUCCAAUUCCUACGCCCACGCACCAGUUCUUGCUUCUGUCAUUGGUCCCAUGGCGUGGGAUUUGAAUGAUUUGAAACUCGUCACCAAAUUGAUUAUUGACUCUAAACCUUGGAUUCACGACCCUAAAGUCCCACCAAUUCCUUGGAGGGAAGUUACAGAUUAUCCCAAAAAAUUAAGCUUUGGGAUAAUUCUUAACAAUGGAGAGACAAAGCAUCACCCACCAAUUGAAAGAGCAUUACAAAUGGCUAAGAAUGCAUUAAUUGCACAGGGUCACGAGGUGAUCGAAUGGAAACCUCCCGUGUCUCUUAUUGAGUGUAGCAAGUUGGCAUCGACUAUUUUUGGGGCAGAUGGAUACCAGGAGGUUCUUGAUGAAUGUGCCAAGUCUGGAGAGCCGCUAGUAAAGGAAGUGUUAAGUGGAGAUGACCGCCCAAAGGGCAUCUCUCAUAUUCACGAGUAUUGGGAAAUGGCAAAGCUUAAGUACGAAUACCAACACAAAGUAGAUGAAUAUUGGUUAUCAACAGCUUUGCAAACAUCGACUGGGAGACCAGUCGAUGGGAUCAUUUCGCCUGUAUGGGAGUCAUGCUCUUUCAGACCACCAGAUAAUGAUCUUUGUAGUCUUUCCUACACUUCAAGUUUCAAUGUUUUAGAUUAUAGUUCGGUUACCACGCCAGUUACAUUGGCAGACAAAGAGAUUGAUCUACAGGAUGAUGUUUACAAACCGAUGAAUGCGUAUGAUAAGGCACUUCAAGAGUAUUAUGACCCAGAGCUUUACCACGGCACACCAGCCGGAGUUCAAGUGGUAACCCCUAGAUAUGAAGAAGAGAAAGCUAUUUACCUUGCGGGGGUAUUAAGAGAUUCACUUCGAGUAUAA